AUGUCGCAGGCCGAGGUUCCCCGUGCCGAGUCCAUCGACGAGCAGGAGCGCGCUCGCGCUGCCGAUGGUGACAAGAAGCCCAAGUCCCGAAGACCCGCCAAUACCGCUUUUCGACAACAACGAUUGAAAGCCUGGCAACCGAUCUUGACCCCCAAAAGUGUUCUACCUUUGUUCUUCAUCGUUGGCGUUCUCUUCGCGCCCAUCGGUGGCGUCCUGAUCUGGGCAAGCUCCCAGGUCCAAGAGCUUGUCAUCGACUACACAGACUGCAAAAGUAGUGCGCCGGAGAAUACCCCGGCAGACAUCUCAAACCGCGUGUCCGCAACAUUCAAAGCUUCGACUGCGUCCAGCAAAUACUAUUGGCAACGGUCUAAUGGCACCGAUGACACCACCGUAUGCUCACUCUAUUUCACCAUUCCCGAGUCGAUGGGCCCUCCAGUCUACCUAUACUAUCGUCUCACCAACUUUUAUCAAAAUCAUCGUCGCUAUGUCCAGUCUUUGGACUUGGAUCAAUUGAAAGGCACUGCGGUUCCGAACGGCACAAUCUCGGGUAGCGUGUGUUCUCCUCUGGCGACCGACUCUGCCACUGGAAAAGCGUAUUACCCAUGUGGCCUGAUCGCCAACUCCAUGUUCAACGACUCAAUCGGGAACCCGGUGCUGACAGCGAAAACCUCGACCAAUUAUACCAUGACUAAGAAUGGAAUCGCCUGGGAUAGUGACAAAGCACUGAUCAAGCAGACCCAGUAUAAGCCAUGGGAAGUGGUUCCCCCACCAAACUGGAAGUAUUACAACGGUUCCUACGAGAAGACCGGUAUUCCUAACCUUCAUGAAAAUGAGGAUUUCAUGGUUUGGAUGCGGACUGCGGGGUUGCCAUCCUUUAGCAAACUCUCCCGCAGGAACGAUGAUACUGCCAUGCAGCCGGGAGACUACCGCCUGGAUAUCGUCGAUCAAUUCCCCGUCACCGAGUACGAUGGAACCAAGUCGAUUUUGCUCUCUACCCGUACUGUCAUCGGUGGUAAGAAUCCCUUCAUGGGAAUUGCUUACGUGGUUGUUGGCGGAGUUUGUGUACUCCUGGGCGCCUUGUUCACGGUGGCCUACUUGAUCCGACCUAGAAAACUGGGUGAUCACACCUAUCUGACAUGGGAUGCGACCAACCAGCCAACAACUGCUAUGGCUUCAGGGCGGGAUGACCGAAUGCGCCCAAGUGCGCCUUAA